CCUCCUCUCCCACCACACCCAAGAUGCCCAACGGAUGCUGCGGCAGUGGAAAUAACUACUCCGUGUGCUGCUACAGCAGCCCCCGCUGCUGCAAGACCCCCAUGUGCUGCAGCCCCAUGCAGUGCUGCAGCCCCUGCUGCAUGCCCGUGCAGUCCUGCUGCAUGCCCAUGUCCUGCUGCUACACCAUCAGCAACAACAACAGCGGCUGCUGCGGCGGCGGCUGCUGCGGCAACUGAGCUCACCUGGUGGAUUCCCGGCUCCAGCAUGGAUUUGGACAUGGAUAUGGACAUGGAUCCCAGCCCAAACACUCCUCCUGCUGUGUUUGGACACCUAGAAUUUCUUUUUGCUGCCUUUAGUCCCCUGGCUGUGCCCUGAAGCUGCUGCCCAGCGAGUUUCUGGCGCUGCUCUUCCUUCCCCUCUUGGUGAUGGGACAGUUUCCUUCUCCCUUCUCUUU